CAAAACAGUUCCAAGCAUUUUUCAAGUUUUAAGCCUAUUAUACAGCUUUUUACGAAUUCUGAUCAAACUAGGCACUUAUAUGAGUUACAAAGAAAUUGGCUGAAGGAGAAAUUAAUGUUGAUAUGACUACGGAAAAGAAUUAAAGAAGCAUUUUUUUCUUCGUUUUUUUGCUGCGAAUCUAAACUUGGGAGAGAAGAGGCGCUGUACCUAAUGGUGGCGCUGGCAUCGCAUCAGACAGCAGCAACCAAAAGUGAACAACUGAAACGACAAUGGCCCGGCAAGAGAAAAGAUGCAUAGCCGAGUAGUACAGGCCUCACCAGCCAGCCCAAAUUACGUCGAUUGAGUGUGUUGUCUGUAAAGUUUGAAUCGCGCCUCUUGCAAUUUUGACACUCUGGUCGGUGGGACACCACCUUGCGGCGCUGACUCGCUUACGUCAGUUGGAAAGAAAAAGCUUUUACCCAAGCGUCGCGCGCGCUCCGGCUCUCUCUGUUCUCGUGAACUCUCCUCACCACCACCACAAGACCAAAAAGGAGGAGUACAAGAAAAGAAGAGGAUUUCAAAGGGAAAAAUCGUGUGCAAAUGUGAUCAAGUGUGUGUUGGUUUGUGUUUUUAGUGUGAAUGUGUAAGUGUUCUACACAGUGCUACCCAUUGUGAGUGCCCAACUUCGCGUUGUAGCGACGCGUUCAGCGUGGGAAUAAGAGGCCAAGUGUGCUUUUAACUGAGACUCCCCUUGCUCGAAAAAUUCUCUCGACUCGAGCGUUGCGUACCCAUCUAAAGCUCACUCUUUCAAGAUGGAACUGAACCAGUUGUGAAUUGACUUUAUAAAGUAGAAGACCAUGGCCAGCACCCAAGCUGAAGUGGAACCUCCCAGAAAUGGGCCAGAAAUGAAAGAUUUGGAUGGCCCCACCACCAACGGGGUGGAUGCUCAGAGAGAGAUGGAGACAAAUAGCUCCAACGGGCCAACUUCUACCCCUGUUAGCAACAAUGGCUCUCACGACAUGAACGAAAGUAGCAAGUUGCAAUCAAGUGGGGGUUACUACAAGCCUCCUGUUGGAUAUCCUGUAGAUUCCCCUUCUGCUGGCUAUGAAAAUGCCCAAUCUGGAUUUGGAUACCCUCCUCACAGCUAUGUUCAUCAGCAACAGCAGCAGGGUGAUUUGCAACAGCAGGGCAGCUACCCGUACUCUCAGUAUCCAGGCAGCAACCUGGUUCGCAAUGUGUCAACUCCUGUCCUUGCCACCAAACCAGUGGCGUAUAUGAAUUCUAUGCCCAGGCCUGGUGGUGGACCUGUGCAGAGUUAUCCCCCAGUUCAUCAUGGUGGUGGUGCACAGGGUUAUCCUCCCUCUAGAUAUGCAACACCAACAUUAAACCAACUUCUUCAGCCUGGAACAGGAGUGCCAGUGCAAAGAUAUCCUUAUGGAGAUUAUCCUCAACAACAGCCACCACCACCAAAUUCACAUCCAGCUUCUGGCUGGCCUAUGCAGCAGCCUCAACAGCCUAGGAAUUUUGCUCCUGGAUUCAAGCCUCCACCAAACUCGAUGCAGCAGGGAGGAGGAUAUCCCUCAUACGGACCUGGUGCCCCCAUAGGACAUGGAAUCCAACAGCAACGAUACGCCCUCACGCCUAGUGGAGGACCAGUACAGCAGCCGCCACCAUCGCAGCAGGAACCCGUCAAGGGCAGUGGCCCAGGAUCUGGAGAGCCAUCUGCCGAAGCGAAUAACACCACGGCCGCUACGACGUCCAGCAUCCAACGGAAUAGCAGCAGCCCGUCGACGUCGACUUUAACUGUAACGACAACUUCCACGUCAACAGCCGCCGUCAGUAGUAGUAGCAGCAGCACGCCAACGACGAGCUCGUCAACGGCCGUCGCUUCGCCGGCUGUCGGAAGGCCUCCUCCUGCGCCAUCGCCAGCUAGUCGGUCCAUGUCACCGGCUCUUGGACCACCGAACAGUAAUAAUAACAGCAGCCACGUUUCGCCCAGUCCGGGGAGCCAAUCGGACAAUAAUAAUAGCGGACCGGCGCGUAUGAGUCAUUCCCCCAUGGCAGCCCAAGGAGCGUAUCAGCAGCCGAUGCCACCUCCGCCACAUGUUGGUAUGCCGUCAUACAAAAUGGGUGGCUCUCCGUACCAGCAGCCGCAACAACAGCAACAGCCGAUGCAUCAUCCACAGCAGCAGCCAAGCGGCCAGCCGCAACAACCACAGUACCUGCCCAAUCCAAUGUACAUGCAACAUCCGAGGCCACCUUUGGGACCGGGAGGCCCAAGUCCUUAUGGUCCUACUCCCGGAUCUUAUGGUCCACAGCAUCAGCAGCAGCCCCCGCCGCCAGCACAGCAGCAGCAGCAGCCAGGCGCCGGAAUGCCACCUAAUAGCAGUAAUGCCAACCAAAAUCCGAUGCCACCUGCUAGCCCUGGUCCAAACCGAUCGAUUACCCCACACAUGGGGCCUCCGACACCUUACCCAGGGUAUCCACCAGGUGGUCCCAACAUGAGCCAAUACGGCCAACAACAGCAGCAACAACAACAGCAGCAGCAGCAGCAAAACUGGGGUCCAGCCAAUGCGAUGCCUGGAGGACCGCCGGGCAGUCCAAUGCCGGUGCAUGGAGGCAAAGGCGCUCCUCCACCUUCUGGUCCGCCCACUCCUGGGCCGCGACCUCCUGGCCCGUCUCACACUCCGCCUCAUUACAUGAAGCAACACUUGCAACACCACUUGCAACAACAACAGCAACAGAAAAUGUACGGCAUGGCUUCGUCGCCCAGCCCAGCUCCUUCUGCGCCACUUCAAGGGCCGCCGCAACCGCCUUCUCUUCCGCAAUCGCAACAACCGCCAACACAACAACAGCAGCAGCAUAUGGGGCCUUAUCCUCCACCACCUGGCAUGAACAAUGCCGGCAGCAUGGCUGGUCAUCCUCCGUCGGCAGCUUCUCCUGUUACCAAUGUGGUGACGACAGGACCGGACGGUGUGGCAGGACUGGACGAAGCCUCUCAGCAGUCAACGCUGUCUAACACGUCGGCAGCUUCUGGUGACGACGUUUCGGCUCCUUCAACUCCACGUUCGCGCAAAGAAACCGGCUCAAUGCCAAUGACCCCGUCCGCCCAUCAUCCGCCCUUUUCUCAGCAGCAGCCGCUGCCGCCGCACCAAAUGCUCAGUCAUCCACCAACUCCGCAGAGCACUGUGCCCAGCCCGGGUCCAGCCUCCUUAUCUUCGCAACACGAAGAAUACAAUGACGUACACAGUCCGGGCCCAGGUGUAGGCAAUUGGAAUGUCUCGACACGGCCUACACCAUCCUCCCCGGUAAAAAAAACCUCACACAUGAGCGACGCACUUGCGCGGAUGUACGAUUUUGAUGACCAUCCGGAUCGAAGGAAGUUCCUCGAUCAGUUGUUGCGUUUCAUGGAAGAGAAAGGCAGCCCCAUCACGGCCUGCCCUACCAUAUCGAAGAAUCCAUUGGACCUCUUCCGUUUGUACCUGCUGGUUCGGGACCGAGGAGGUUUCCUUGAAGUGACAAAGAACAAAGCGUGGAAAGACAUUGCUCAGACGCUUGGUAUCGGUGGUUCGUCCAGUGCCGCCUAUACGUUACGUAAACACUACACCAAAAGCCUCUUCCCAUGGGAGUGCAAAUUUGAUCGGGGCGGCGUCGAUCCUCAGCCUAUACUCAAUCAGGUGGAGGCUACAACUAAGAAGAAACCUGCACCUAAGAUAAGCGUGCCCUCACCGGCUGGAUCGUCCAACAGUCAGGAUUCGUUUCCGUCUUCGGGAGUGCCUCCUAUCCCUUCAAUGGAUGGCUACCCAAAUGCACACUAUCCCGGCUACCCUCCACCGCAUGUUGGAGAAAACAUUGCUGCUAGCAAUCCGUUUGACGAUCAACAGCAUUAUGGCGGCCGAGGUGGACAUCCCGGCUAUCCGCCACAUCAACAACCUCCUCCUUCAUCUGCUCAGCAGCAACACCAACAGCAGCAACAACAGCAGCAGCAGCAGCAACAGCAACAGCAGCAACAGCAACAGCAGCAACAACAACAGCAGCAGCAGCAACAGCCUCCUUCAAUGUACAAUACAAUGGCUGGACGACCUGGAGGCUAUCCUGGCCAUCCAGGUCAUGCUAAUCAUCCUGGCAAUCACCCAAACCAGGGAGGCUAUCACCAUCCGUACCAGAACGAGUACCCAAAUCCGAAUAACCAGCAGUAUCCUCCCUUCUCGACCCCACCAAAUCGAACAAUGUAUUCAGCUCCCUAUCCGGAACCUUAUAACCCUCAAGCACCGCCAAGUGGACAAGCUCCACCUCCCGGGCCGGGUCCAGGUCCUGGGCCAUCACCUUCGGAUCCUUACGGCCGUUUCAUGCCUCCCAAUCACGUCCCAGGAAGUGCGACAGUAUCGGGGCCUUACCCUCCACGGCCGCCUGUACCUCCUGCGGCAUCGGUCAACGUUCCGACACCGACAUCAACGUCAAGUUCCAAUCCGGCGACGAUAGCCACCACGACUUCCACGGGGCCACAGUUGGUGCCACCGUCACCCCUCGCACAAUCUAUGCAGCCACAACAACAGCCGCAGCCUUCGCAAACUCAACAACCCGGCAGUACAAGUGCCGGUCCCAGUCCAGCUCCCAGUCCGGCGCCAAAUCCGGGAACUCCUGGUUAUCCCGAACAAACUGAUCAGUACCAGCGGGGUGGACUUCGCCAAUUGUUGGCCUCAUCGACCUUGUUGGCUCCGCCUCCUUCUGAUAGACAGCCUGUUUAUCCGGUGGGAGCUGCACCAUCCAGUUUGGGCCCACCUCCCGGUCAGCCUUAUCCAGGAAUCAUUCGACCGGGAACUCCUGGUCCUGCCCCGGUUGGUAUGCCACCACGACAAUCCACUCCUGCACCGACCGGUAUGAACCCACCAGUCGGUAGUGCAACGGGUGCAGCAGUUGGACCCAAUCCCAAUGCUCCUUCCGCCCCUGGCGCACCAAACCAGCAGCAGCCGCAGUCGGGACCGUAUCCACCUUACGGUCCUCCUGGUCCGGCUCCCAAUCAACAACCACGACAACCUUCGUUCGAUUCUUACGGAGCUUACCGGUCACCUUAUGGUACGGCUGGUUCCAGCGAUCAAACGGCGAGUGGUGGAGCGGGUGGAAUCAUGGGUUUUUGUAGCAAUCUUUCAACAGGUUGGAGGAAUAGUACGCCCUUCGUGAACCAAUAUCCACAGCAGGGUAAUAGUCCUGGUCCCGUUCAGACAGUAGGAGCUCCUUGGGUUCCGCCAACUGGAACGCCGCAACCACGGAACCCGGCGUGGGAUCAAGCUCAAAGAUAUCCUGGUCCUAUUCCGGCUACUCCGGCUACCACAAUCAAUGGAACGAGCCAUCAGCAAGGACCUCCGACGGCAGUUGCCGUUCCCCCACACAACUCGAUGGCUCAACAGCAGCAGCAGCAGCAGCAACAACAACCGGCGCAGCAGCAAACUCCGCCGCAACAGCCGCAACCGUGGACUGGACCGCAAACGAUGGCCAACAAUAGACAGCCAUUCAUGGGACCUCGGCCGCCCUACACAUCGUUACGCGCUCCAGACGGGAAACCUUACCCUAUGCCACCGAUUUCCGGCAAGGGACCAAUGACGGGUCCGCCCGGACCCGUCAACUUUCCACAGGGCAUGCCACCUGGACCAACGGUUAACAUGCCAAUCUACUCGGCGAAACGCGAAUCGUAUUUCCCUCCAGAUUCGGUCGAAGCUGUUGUGCCUGUUAUGGCCAAGCGCCGUCGCCUUUGUCGCGCUGAUGUAGUUCCAGUCGAUGCCUGGAGAGUCUAUCUGGCGCUCAAAUCGGGUCUAUUGGCCGAAUCAACGUGGGCCAUCGACAUCUUGAACGUGUUGCUGUGCGACGAUUCCAGCGUGCAUUAUUUCAGUCUGGCCUACAUGCCCGGUCUGACGGAAGUUCUGCUGGAACACUUCCGCCGUUGCCUGUCGCAGAUAUUCACCAUCUUGGAAGACAUGGAGAUCGGGUUCGACCGUGUGGAAGAGUUCAAAAACAAAUUGAAGCAAAGAUGUAUCAAACCGGCGGCCGACAGUUGCCAAGCGACAAGCGGGACGGCCGUGGACGAGGACGAAGAUGCUUGGUGGAACUGGCCCAAACGGAAAGCGCAGCCCGACGGGAUGGAUGUCACAGAUUUAGGGGCUGUCAAGAACUGUGAUUUGUCCGGGGACAGCGUCCGUUUGCUCGACGGACCCGACUGGUCCAUGAACACUCGUCGAGGCGAAAAAGUUGGCGUCGUCCCUAGAGACAAGGAACUCUUUGUUGUCGAUGUCAAGAAAGAGUGGGACGUUCACGAUGGCUUUGAAAGUGGCAUGGACCAAUGGCAAAUCGGCGGCGGUGACACCACCCAACACAUUGUCACGCACUUUACGGCCGAACUAAACAUUGUCCCUUUUGUUCGGGUGCUGAAGAAAGUGGACAAGAGAGCGGCAGAGCAGCAGGGUGACACUGUGGAACCAAUCAACGAACGAACGGAACGCCAGCUGGAACCGAACGGGGUGAAAGAGAAGCGAUCCGAAGAGCCAUCCCACCCAACGUCGAACUCGUCCGUUCAGGCGAAAAACUGUCUCGUAAAGCCCAGUCGCAAUUUGGCUGACGUCCUCAAACGGAUCAAAAAAGAAGACGUGUCUUCUUCCGCCCCGGAUCAAGAAAAAGCUGCCCAACAGCCAAACGCCGAAGAGGCAGCCAGACUUGUUGCCGGUCCAUCUGCAAGCAGACUGGAAGAAGCGGAGGUGAAGAAGGAACCCAUCGAAUCGGUUGAAGGGAGGCAGGAAGCGGCCGCGAAAGCGCCAGUCCGGCCAGCAGAGUCUUCGUCGACAGUGAUGACUCUUCCUAGUGGGAACCGUUUGAUUAUCCGGGACCCGCACGGGACGUUGAAGCGACGCAAGACGGACGACCAAGAGGACGAGUGUUACACGCGCGAUGAGAGUAGCCUCUAUUUGAUAGACGACAGUCAAGACGCUCUGUCCCGGCGUGCGCUGGCCCUAUCCAAUAUCUUCCGCAGUCUGAGCUUUGUGCCAAGUAACGAAUCAGAGCUGGCCAAAAAUUCCACUUUGCUGGUCAUUGUUGGCAAAAUCCUUUUGCUUCAUCACGACCAUCCGCUGCGAUCGUCGCACCAAAAGAAUUACGACCGAGAAGAGGAUGUCGACUUUGCCUCUGUCGACUCGCUAGCCGACAGAGGAUCGGCUUCGGGUUUGAGCAAGUGCGAAACGGACUGGUGGUGGGACACGUUGCUGGCCCUGCGCGAGAACAUCCUCGUUAUAAUGUCAAACAUUGCCGGUCAGCUGGAUCUGUCCAUUUAUUCCGAAGAGAUUGUUCGGCCGGUGAUUGACGGCCUCCUCCAUUGGGCCAUCUGUCCGUCUGCCCAGUCACAGGAUCCUUUCAGUUCAUUCGGUCCCAACUCGACGUCGCUGCUGUCCCCCCAGCGGCUCAGUCUGGAGGCCUUGUGCAAAUUGAUGGUCAUGGACUGCAACAUGGACUUGAUCCUGGCCACGCCACCGUUUUCGCGACUGGAAAAACUGGUCCACUUCCUGACGCGGUCGCUCUGCCGCACUGAGGACCAGGUCCUUCGCGAGUUUGCCGUCAACUUGCUUUACUACUUAUCGGCCGCCGAUUCCGGCAUGGCCCGGCUGAUCGCCCUGCACAACAACAGUCUGGCCCUGCUGGUGUCGUUUGUCGAACAGGCCGAAGCCAAUGCGCUGGCCGUGGCCAGCCAACAUGGCAUCCAAGCGCUUCGCGAGAAUCCCGAGUCGAUGGGCACGAGCCUGGACAUGCUGCGACGAGCGGCAUCGACCGUGUUCCACAUCGCCCGGCACCCCGAGUCUCGCCCGUUGCUGGCCAAACUCGAGCAACGGCUUUUGGCUCUAGUGAUGUCGCAAAUCAUGGACCAGAGUGUGGCCGCCCUCCUCUCCAAAAGUCUCUACCUCUGCAACAGUGAUGACGAAUGAGUUACACACGCGUACACACACAUAGAUUGACCCGGCAAUUUGCGACUAAAAUAAUCGAUUGGCGACUAUGAUCAGACAUCAGACAAAGAUAAUGAUGAGUGGAAUCGAGUCUUUGUUUCAUUUUUUUUUUUUUAAUUUUUUUUUUAUUAAUUAAAAUAUUAUAUUAUUGAUACAACAAAAAAGCGAACGGAAAUCUCACCAGCAUUGGCUAUCAUUCCUUGUAAUAUUUUCGCCCGCCUCUAUAUCCCUCUUCCUUUUUACACAGCGCAUCACCACACACCACCUUCACCUCUUACCUAAUUUUUUGUUUGUUUGUUGGUUUGUUUGUUUUUGUGUUUUUUUUUUUUUUUUUCUUCUUCUUUUUGGUUCUCGUCAUUCGUCGGGAAAUUCUCUGCGAACGUGUUGAAAUGAGAGAAGACACACACAGAGAGAAGAAAGAAAGAAAGUGAGAAGAUAAAAAAAAAAAAACGUUGUGAAAGUUUCUUUAGUGUGUUUGUGUGUGUGUGUGUGUGUGUGUGUGUGUGUGUGUGUGUGUGUGUGAAGCCGUUAUCAUGCUGAUUGGCUUAAAUACUGCGAUCAUGUGACUGCUGAAAAUACAAAACUCUGCUCUUCAA